AUGAACUGGGAUGUCAUAAAUGAACAAGGGUCCCGUCAGCCAGAUUACCCACUCGGUAGUAACUUAGCCAGCGGCCCGAGAGACACCGAGCCAUUCACCGUUUCACCUGAAAAGGCAUUCGAAGAAUGCAUAUUCUCAAACAUUUCCCAGCCAUUUGACCUGCUGGAAGAUGGUCUCGAUCCGACAUUUACCUUUUCUGCGACAAGCUCACUUGAUUCCUUUGGCACGGACGACAUCAACGGACCAGAACAAGGACUACCAAUACCAAAUGGUAGCCUGUCAUUUUCAUUUCCUGAAAAUACAGAUUGGGGUAGCGAAGAAUUUCUAGAAAUUAACAAUGUUCACCCCGAAAGACUUCUCCCGCUCAGUCCGAUGGACCGGUGGAAGAAUUCUCCGCCAGAGACAGAGCCUGCACAUUUGACAGAUAUCAUGAGCUCUGUUGCGAAGUGUAUCAGUGCAGAGGCACCAGUGCUACGAGAGACUGCUGAAAAGUCAUCGUUUCCAAACAGACGUUCUCAACGGCCUCGUCCACCUACCCCGUCGAUUGCAGCAUCCGAAUCAAGUGCCUCCAGCAGCUCAGCUUCGUCCGCCCGUAGCUUCGGCUCAAGCAACUCAGGAUCAUUUGGACGAUUUUAUGUGGGAGAGCCAAGGCGUCGCCGUAAUCGACGACAGCGCAAGAAAUCUCCAACAUCCCAAAUUCGCGAUAAAAAGCCAACACAACUGCGUCCUUUCCAGUGUACGUUCUGCACAGACACUUUCAAAUCCAAACAUGAUUGGACGAGACAUGAAAAGACUCUGCACUUGUCAUUAGAAAGCUGGGUCUGUGCACCAUUUGGGCCUACAUACCGAGAUGAGGCUUCCAAUAUCUUGCGAUGUGUGUUUUGUGAGAUCGAAGCUCCUUCCGAGGAGCAUAUCCAGUUUCACCGGUAUAUGGAAUGUCAAGAGAAACCGUCUACUCUUCGAACAUUUUAUCGAAAGGAUCAUCUUCUCCAGCAUCUACGCCUAGUGCACGGCUCACAAAACGCCGUCACUAGCAUCGCAAAAUGGAAGUCAGAGGUCACUCAAAUCAAUUCAAGAUGCGGGUUUUGCUCGGAAACCUUCACUCUCUGGUCAGACAGGAACGAUCAUCUUGCAGCACACUUUCGGCAAGGAACUCAGAUCAAAGAGUGGAAAGGAUGCAGAGGUCUUGAUCCCGCAGUGGUGCUUGCUGUCGAUAAUGCCAUGCCUCCAUACCUCAUCGGCAUCGAGUCAACUGGCAUAUACCCCUUCAGUGCCAGUCAUCGUAAAGGCACUUCUAGGGAGGAUGAAGCUCGCGAGACCCAUGAUACAUUUGAAAAUGCAGAAAGUACACAGCCAACUCCAUUCGAGCAGUUGACAGAACACCUGAUUCGAUUUGUGCGUGAACAACAGCAUGCCGCAUCACCCAUCACAGACGAGUCUAUACAACGCGAGGCACGUCUCUUUAUCUACGGGGACGACGAUCCCUGGAAUCAAACUGCAGCUGAUAGCCCGGACUGGUUGAAUUUCUUCAAAGAUGGGAUGGGGUUGGGUCCAGCCUGCGUCAUGAAUGUGGAUGCUGCCCAUCAUCCAAAUCCUGUGUUUCAUCUUCCGUGGGAUAUAAAUGCCCAGCAAGCAGUCGAUGAGCGUAACCUGAACCCUAUGAUCUCAACUGGUUCAUGGACUCCUUGGUCAUGGCAAAGCCCUGAAUGCCUUGCAGAAUUUCGCAGGUUCAACCGUGAUACUGGGUCAUCAUCAAUUACCCCAGAUAAUGGAGGAUGUGCAUUGCCACGAUAA